GCAGCAGUGCUGGUGGAUUGGACUGAACUUGAGAGGAUUAAACACUCACUAACCGAAUUGUUAUAAGAAGAAGAAGAGUUGCUUAUUCAAUGCAUCUCGUCGUCAUAUAGCAGCGUUUAUACGAUCUCGACUCAUGCUGUAUUGUGUGUGACUGACUUUGUACUUUUUGGUACAGGCCGAGAUAAGAUAACUCGUCUACAAGAUAAGCUUUUUGUUACCAUUUUAUCACUCAUCACCAACCAAACAACAAGGACUCUGCUGUUCCUGCUGCACUCCGACUGCAUUGAUUACUGAUUAAGGAACAAGAUAAAUAAUAAAAACAAAUCGAUGCAUCUCUUAAUUCUCAUCUGAUAAGUACUUAGCGUAUACUUAGUUUUGGUCGAUAAGAAUGACACUAAUAAUGCGAAUUGGUCGCACUUUUUGUGACAAUUUUUCAUGACAUAGUAUGAAAAAGUGUUACGAGUAAAAGUAGUGACCCUUCAUUCAUAUUUGGAAGGAAGUAAAAGUGCAUCUUUCUAAGAAUUUAUAAAGUGGGUGGAAUUCCUUCAUCUGUUUCAUGUGAUAAGUAUUUAAAACAAGAUAACGUGUUAUCGGGUGGAAGUGAACUGAUAAUUUUAUUCUCAAAUGAAUGGUAAAUCUUAACAGUUUAACAUGCAUCCAUUAUUUGGAGGCGAUUUGAAAUCUUGAACAUACAAAAUGUGCAGAAACACAAAUACAAUUGUCAGGAUUUUUGUGGCGUGAGUGAGUGGAAACAUUAAAUACUAAUACAAAAAAAACGUGUUGAAUUGUGAUGACGCGUGAGACGAAUCUGGGUGUGUACAUGGAGCGCGGAGGUUUUGGGGGGGAGGAGGCGAUGGGCGCAGACGGAUUCUUCGCCGACCCACGCGUCGCCAGAUACUACUCGCAACACAGCGUCAUGCAGUCCCAGUACUCACAAAUGGGUCGCAUGACUUCUCACGUCGCCUCGUCGAACAGUCCCCCCGUAUCCGGCGGAGGCGGUGGCGGCGGCGGCGGGAGUGGUGGGGGCUCCCUCUCCGGCGGGGGAGGUCACCUGUCCGCCGUGUGUCGCCCCCAGUUCCACCAGCCCGCCUCGCUGCACCACCCUUGGCUGGGGGAGCGUGGCUGGACGAUGCCUUCGUCAGGCUACAAAUCCUUCCCCUUUCCCCCCACGCCGCCGAAGGACUCGUCCACCCCGGAAGCCGCGGGGACCACGAAUGGCUCCGACUACUCGUCCUGCCCGUCCUCCGAAGAUCUCAAAGUGCCCCCGAAAGGGAGAGAAGGUGUGGUUGACUACUACAACAACAACUACUUCCCCCCCGCCUCCCACCAACAUUUCCUCUACCAUUCCUCCUCAAAUAAUAAUAAUAAUAAUAACCACUCCUCCUCCUCCUCCUCCCACAACCACCAUUCGAGUAGUAGUAGCAAAAAUAAUGCGUCCAGUUCCUCGCCCACACCCACUUUCCUGACGCCCACGUCCUCUUCCUCCUCCUCAAAGUCCAACCCUAGUUCCAACAAUUCCGCCAACUCGAACUCGCAGAGAAACAAGAGUCGAACUAGUGCUGAGGGUCGUGAGUGUGUCAACUGUGGGGCGACGUCGACCCCUCUCUGGCGUCGGGAUGGGACGGGUCACUAUUUGUGUAACGCUUGCGGUCUCUACUACAAGAUGAAUGGGCAAAAUCGACCACUUAUCAAACCAAAGAGACGACUUUCCGCAGCGCGUCGUGCGGGGACGAGUUGUGCAAACUGUAAAACGACGACGACAACCCUUUGGCGACGGAAUCAUAACGGAGAACCGGUCUGCAAUGCGUGCGGACUUUACUAUAAACUUCACAAUGUAAACCGUCCCCUCACGAUGAAGAAGGAGGGGAUCCAAACUCGAAAUCGGAAGCUGAGUUCGAAGGGUAAAAAGAAGAAGGGGUCGCUCGGGCUGCCAGAUAAUCUCAACAAGACGGCCUUCUCCUCCUUCAACCCGGCCGCGACGUCCAUGUCCCCCUACAUGUACCACAAUGGAGGGAUGCAUCAUCACCAUCACCACCACCACGGGGGCGGCAUGGGCGGAGGCUUCGUCCCCUCUGGACCUCCAAUGUCAAUGUCCAGCGUGGGGAUGGGGAUGAGCAGUUUGGGUCUCUCAGGUCCUGGUUCCUUAGGUCUUGGCUCGGCUGGUUCUCUAGGCCUGCCAACACAACACAUGACUGCCGGCUGGAGAACAGAAUACACUUGAGAAUAAUAUUCUUCAAAUAGCAAAAAAUUACUGCUUCAAUUACAUAUUCCCCAUCAUCAACUUUACGAAAAAAAAUACUUAUGCUAUACAAAAAAUUACAUAAUCGCGCCAACCCAAUUUACAAAAUUUAUAAUCAUCAUCAAUUAAUUAUUGGAAGAAAUUGAUCCCCAUAAUAUCUAUUUUCCAUUCAACUUUAAUAAAAAUUUACAAAAAUUCAGCCAAAUGGAAUCAAAGUCCCGCAGAAAAUUACACUUUUUCACCGUGUACAAAAACCACCCAAUUAAAUCCCGGAUGCUGCUGGACUUACUUAAAGUUGGACUGGAACUGAAGAUAAGUGCUUAUCUUAUCUAAAUGGCCGAUCUCUCCUCCAUCUCUCUCUCUUUCUUUCUCAAGGAAUAUAUAAUAAUAAUUCUUCCCCGUUAAUUAAUUAAUUAAUUAAUUAAUCCACAUUCCUCACAAUUUUUAUGUUUUUCUCCCAAGUGUGAACACAUCCUUCUCUCCUUGAUGAAAUGUUUUAUUGAAGUUACCAAACUCGGCAUUUAUUCUUUCACGGAUUGAUUCAAAGUAUUUAUUACGUGAUUCAUUUUAUUUUUUAAGGUACUUAGAUAUUUAAUUGACGGAUUAUUUUCAAUCUUCACCCAUUUAAUGUUUGUAUUUACAAUGUUUACACGUCAGUUUUUUUUUACAAAAAAGUAUUUUUUGAGGUACUUAAUUGACGGAUUUUCAAUCAUCUUCGUACAAUGUUUGUUUACACGUCUUUUUUUAAAAAGCAAAGUAUGUUCUUCAAAUUUCAUUCAUUCAUUCAUUUCAUUCUCACCUCUCAUUCACAGUUAGAUAUUAUUCGAUUCGAUGAAAAGCCUGGCCUGGCUCGGCUUCCGUGUCAGUCUAGACAGAAAAAUGGUUCAUUUAUACUUGCUACGUACAUAAUUAAUUAGCUACUUAACUUAAAAUCGGACUUUAUUUUCAUAAAAACAAAACAACAAUGUUAAUUAAUUAAUCUUCUUGGGACAAUCUCUCUGGGGCAAAUUAGGUAGCAAUUUUCUCUAUUUAUUCAAUUAAGUACUUAUCUAAUAAGCCUACAUUAGAAGCUCAUCCAUUAAUUAAUUAAUUAAUUACCUAUUUAACUGUGGAGAGAGCCAGCAGUAAGAUAAAAGACGUAAAUAUUUGCAUUUAUUAUACAAAGUCCAAGUAUUAUUAGUCUUUACUUUGCAUUCUUGCGUGAUAUCCAGUCAAUAAUUACAAAAUUACGAAAAUCGUCACAAUUUCAUUAUCAAUCAAUUCCGAGUAUUUUAAAAUUUAUGUGCAUUUUCUUUUUAUUACUGCGAACAAAAUAUCACAUGACUAUUUACUUUUCACCCUCUUUAAGAAUGAGCAUUUACUUAUGUACUUACUGAAUCAGCAAUUAAUUACCUCAUUUAUUUCAAUUUUGUCCCCUUCUUCUGCUUGAAUAUCUUCAUAAUUUAUUUACAUAUUUCUCCUCGCCAAUCACGAAACUUGCAGAAGUAAUUGAAUACAAAAUACCAACCAAACCAAAACAACCAAACAUUUAUACGUAAACCGGAUAUAUAUUUAAAGUAUAUAAGUAAGCAAUAUUUGUGUAUGUGUAUCAUCGUAAUAUUUAAAUUACCUCAUUAUCAUUAUUAUCCUAUUAUUUUCCUGGUAAUAAUAUCUAAUAAGUCUAGGUAUUUAGUCGUAUUAAUUAAAUACUUAGUUAUUAUUCUGCGACAUAUAAUUAUACAAAAGUUAAUUAAUGUCCCCAUCAACCAAAUGAUAUUCAAUUAAGUACGUAUUUAUUUAUCUCCUGAACUCCUCCUCGGAAUGUCAAUAAUAGUCGGAUUUUCCGGAAUAAUAUAUAAUUGUUCAAUUUGUAUCGUAUCGAUCCAAAAUUUGAAUAAUUAAUUAAGGCGUAAUGUAAAAUACUUUUAAGGCGUGUGUGAAUACUGUAAAGUAAAGAAUUAAGACUAAAUUUUAGCUAUGUAUUUGCAAGAAAAAAUGCAAAAAACCAUGAUAAAUAUUUAAUAAGAAACCAAACCAGAAACCAAAAACUAUUGUCGAUUCCAUAAAAUACAUAAUUGUUAUUUAGUUAAGUACAUAAAUAAAUAGUCUCGAUUGCCGACAAAAGUGAUGAAAUAAGAAUAAUAAUAAAAACUUGAAAGGAAUAUUCCA